CUCCGCUCUUUCUUUCACUCACUCACUCUCUCUCUCUCUCUCUCUCUCUUUUCUUUUUAAUAAACUCCACCUCCUUUCCCGCAACGAAAAAACUCCUGGCCCAAGUUGGCAAUCUAGAGAAAUACGCACGUUAAAUGUCCAGACCACUUUUUUCAAAGAGAUUGACAAAAGAACUACGUGAUCUCGCAACGAAUCCUCCGGAAGGAGUGUCCAUUGAAGACGCCAAUGACUUUAAACGGUGGCAACUGCGGAUAAAAGGUGCACCUGGUACAUUAUACGAGGGUGAAGAAUUCGAGCUCGAAUUUCGAUUUACGCCUUCAUACCCGCUAGAAUCCCCCGAAGUGAUGUUUGUUCGGCCACGUGUACCGAUUCACCCACAGAUUUAUUCCAAUGGCCACAUAUGUCUGAAUAUACUGUACAAGGACUGGUCACCUGUCCAAACCGUGGCGCAUGUCUGUUUAUCCAUCCAGUCCAUGUUGUCAAGCUGCGCAAAAAAGGAACUUCCUCCGGACAAUGAAUUAUACAUCAAGAGUGCACAUUCCUCUCCAAAGAAGACAGCUUGGGCAUUUCAUGAUGAGAACGUUUAGCUGAACCGUUCUCUUCCUUUUCAAUGAUCAUGACAAUUAUUGCCUUUUCCUUCUUUCCUUCCUUCAUUCCUCAAAAAUACAAAAAAAAUCAUAAAACAAUCAUUUCCCUUUUCUAUAGCUCACUUUUUGUGCAUCUUCAUCAAGUAGUUAAUGAAGGCUGUUCUUGUUGGGUGCUGUAGCGAAGCAAUACUUCAAAUGGUUGUGGCAAAGAGAUGUGCAGAAGAAAGGCGCUUAUACAUACCGUAGAGCUAAAAAUUAUGCAAGCCAAGCACCUUUGUACCACGAGCCUUGUCCGGUUAUCAGCUCCAUUUAAAUCAGUGGUCCUCGGUAGCAAUGAUGCGAUCGCUUUAGAGAUCUAAUACUACUGUAUAUACCUGCAUGAAUAAAGC